AAAAUAACUUCCUCUGAAAUACUGUUCAAUGUAACACUUUACCUCUUGAUUAAACACUUGUUCAGUAAAGAAUGCGAUGCAUGGCAUCGCUGAGUAUGCUUUACCAGAAGUCAGGUUAAAAUAAUGAAAGGAUUUUUUUUAUUAUGUCAGUUUCAGAAAAUUUAAAGGAUCCCAAAGUCAAGAAUUAAAGCUUUGCAGGAGAUUGUUGGGUAGGUCUGCACUUCUCCACCAAAUGCAAAAUAAGGCAUCUGUCUAGAAACCACAUUCUUCUGGCUGUGCAACCCCAGAAGUCUGCUCCUUCCCGCUCCCUCCAGCCUGCUCACACUCCACAAGCAAGACACAGUUAUUCCACAGGAUAUUUCCUCUUCUGUCAUUCUCAAUGUUAUGCUUUGCCCUAUGAGGAGACACCUUCGCAUCAGAUUCUGGAUGAACUAAUUGUUUCCUGCUAGAAGGAACACGCUCAUUUUUUUGCCCCUAGACGAGGCUGGCAGUGACUGCAAAAGGUGGCUCUUUGAAGCCCAUCCUCUGACCUCUUGCUGGAGCUUCCUUUGACCCCUUGCUGGAGAACAGCUCGUCAGUCACAGGCAGAAGUCAGGACAAAGGGCUGUUUGUACAGCAUCUCCCAUCAGCCCUCCCUCUCUCUUCUCAUCCCCGCUAGCUCUGACUCUCUCUGGGUACAUCUAAAAAGAUACGGCUGCCAAGAAAGUGAAAGGGAGUGAAGCAGAAGAAAAAGCACCCUGCUGUGGGAAGCUGCAAAAAUGAAGAUGUUCUCAGCGCUGCUUCUGCUGAGCACCCUCCUGGAUACCCUCACGGUGCCUUCCCAUCGCCCUUCUUGUUACAAGAGGGCCCUCAAAGACCACAACUGUCACAACAUCCCUGAAGGCAUGGAGAACCUUCGACAAAUUGAUGACACUCUGCAAGAUCACUUUUGGGAAGGGAAGGGCUGUGAGGUGAUCUGUUACUGCAACUUGAAUGAAUUGCUCUGCUGCCCAAAGGAUAUUUUCUUUGGACCAAAGAUAUCUUUUGUGAUCCCCUGCAACAGUCAGUGAUUCAAAUCUGCACGUGAAGAUAACAGACAUCAUUCUACAAUCGUGUAAUAAUGCUUUCAAGGGCAAAAACAAAACCACCACAAUCUAACCACAAAAUGGUGCUUCAUUUUACACUGUAGAAAAAUUUCCUUUCUACACCUUCAUGGAAUAUCAAGCACGUAAGAAGUUCUUUCCAAUUUGGUGACUGACCUAAUUUCAAACGAUUUAAGAGAUUGUACAAGCUCUUAAUGCAUAUUAAUAUGCAUACCCCAGCAAAAAGUGUAACUCUUCUUUCUCAGCACAAUAUUCUCAACUAGUCUGGAUAAAGAAAAUUCAAGCCUAAGCCUUCACGUCAUUAGGAACAUGACUCUCACAGCAACCUAUGGCAGUGCAGCUUCCUACUGCAUUAUUGCCAUCACACAUUCAAUGCUUUUUUAAGCUAAAGCUACUCAGUCCCUGGUACUUUUGCAGACAGGCUCCAACAUUCUAUUUACGCAUCUUAAAAUACACGUGCAUACAAAAGCCAUGUAUUUUCAUAUCUGAAAAUAUUCCACUGGAAUAAAAAAAGUCAAAACUGACAUUAAUAGUAUUAAAGCACACUUGGGUCUUAAUUACGUGUAACUGGUCACCUGCCUUAACUGUGCGAUCUGUAAAACCUUAAAUUACUUAACAUUGAACAUUUACAAUGCUAGAACAGUACAUUUUUUUAAAACAAACCUUAUUUGAAAUACAAUACCCAGAAUUAAGUUAAAAUGCUGGCUUUUUAUUUUUAGGCUAGCCCUGUAAGGAAAUAGCUAGAGGAGAAGACAUAGAGGUAAUCAUCUUAACAUUUAAGAGGUAUCUAGGCAAUAGAUAGAAAUAGACAAUUUUUUUGGCUGUUUUUUCACUUAUACUGCAAUCUGUAUUGGCAGGUGUUGAGUAUGUAUAAGUGGGACUGUAUAAGUUUAAGGAUAUCCACCUGAACAAGCCACGCUUACAGGCAGUAAACCCGGCUUGUUGCCUUACACAGAAAGACUCUUUAGGUAUCAAGUCAGUGAUGUGGAAGGUCUGCAGUACUGAAGUAACUAUUCAGUCAUCUCCACUCAAAAAGUGCACUAUUCACUUAAUAAUCUUACACAUUAGCUCAAACUGCUACCACCAGUUUACCAAGCUACUUUACAUACCAGUAUGAAAUAUCAGGAUGACGGUUUUUCUUCCUAUUAGCAAACAAGGGCUGGAUACUGAGGGGGGUGAUUAUACACUGCCAAUAAUAAACGUUUCAAGUAAA